AUGGGCGGUCAACGUAACGGCAGUAUUUCCAGCCGCCGAUCGGGGGUUGAGACUGAGCCGACCAACACACCCGGAAACUCGCAGUUGAAUUCGCCCACAAACCCGCCCCAGAAGAAGAAGAAGGGCGGCCUCCUUUCCCUAUUGGGAUGCUGCGGGGUUCCCGACAGCGCGCAGGCCUUGGAAGGAAACGAGCAGGGUGUCCACAAACUUGACAGGCUCCCAGCUAGGCCGACGACAUCCAAGUCUAGGCAGGCGACCCCACAGGACCAGCCUUCAUCUAGCAAAAGCCAACUGCAGGAGAAGCAGCCUCAACCAGAACUUCCAAUGACGGCCGCCGAACAAAAGGGCAAGCGGAGUUCCAACACCACGGCCGUUGACGAACCCGUGCCAGUGAUUCCAGAGAGCUCUGAUCACAAGCAGCCGGCAGCCGGCGGCGUCGCGGAUGCACCGGCUAUUACGGUUGAUAGGUCCGCCGACACGAAACCCGAGCCUGCGCCGGUUGAAGACAUUCCCACGACGACCAAGGAUGUUGACGGCGACGAAGUCAUGGCCGAUGCCACGAUACCUGAGGUAGCUGAAGAGAAGGCACAGGGUCAAGUCCCCACGCCCGAAUCUCAGUCGAGUCAAGUCCCACCUCCCCCUCCGGGUCCGGCGCCCACCACCAGUAUCCCACCUCUGCCUGUGAGCAACGCCGAGGCCGCGCAAUUACCAAUUUCAGAGCCGCAAAGGAUUUCGCUCUUGCCUCCCAUCGCACCCGAAUUCAAGGGAAAGAAGUGUCUUGUGCUUGACCUCGAUGAGACACUCGUGCACAGUUCGUUCAAGAUCCUGCACCAGGCUGAUUUCACCAUACCGGUUGAGAUUGAGGGCAACUACCACAACGUUUACGUCAUCAAGCGACCCGGCGUCGACCAGUUCAUGAAGCGCGUCGGUGAGCUGUAUGAAGUCGUUGUCUUCACAGCAUCCGUCUCUAAGUACGGCGACCCCCUUCUGGACCAGCUCGACAUCCACAAGGUCGUUCACCACAGGCUUUUCCGCGAGAGCUGCUACAACCACCAAGGAAACUACGUCAAGGAUCUCUCCCAGGUGGGACGAGACUUGAAAGACACGAUCAUCAUCGACAAUUCUCCUACGUCCUACAUCUUCCACCCGCAACACGCCGUACCCAUCAGCAGUUGGUUCUCGGACGCCCACGACAACGAGCUGCUUGAUCUCAUCCCAGUCCUCGAAGACUUGGCAGGCGCCAACGUGCAAGACGUCAGCCUGGUCCUCGAUGUCACUCUCUGAUGAUACCCCCAUCCCCUUCUCUUCUUUCUCGUUCGCAGUCCCGCCCAAGGGUACGGGAUUCCGCCCCCAUCAUAGCGGCAGGCGUUUCGGUUGCGAUUCUGCUUUAUUUUUUCUUGGUGUAGAUGUAUUACUGUCUAAUCUAUAUACGAGCAUUGGCGACAACACGGUGCCCUUACAAAGCCCCAAACCGAUUCACGACGCGAACAAAUGCUCUAUCGAUUAUUGAUACCAGUCCCGCUCAAACAGGUUGAACACAUAGCCGACUUCACACGCGUUGUGGCAGGACUAGAUAGCAUGUGUUGGAGCCCAUUGUGGGCGACAGAAGUAUGGCUUUGAGUGCGUUUUUGGGAUAAUGAUGACGGACAGUGGUGGAGGGUUCGUCAGGCAGUGUUGUUGUUUUUUACUCAGCUUUACAUUGUUUCAGUCCAUACACGCACAUGAUCGAGAUUGCGAGCAGGCCCGCUCUCCGUCGUUGCAUUUGCGCGGGAGUGAGUAGCCAGUCGAUAGGAAGUGGUUUCCAGACCGCAGUAGAUGCGGCUGGCUUGAGAGCAGAAGAUGGCGUCGAGCUGCUGGCGAGCUCAAGGAGCAGCGUCCGGCAGCAAAUACCGCGUCAUUCGUACACCAUACCAAUUUAAGAGUUACCGG